ACUAUUGGUUUAUUGAUGUACGGAUUGUUUGUCGACAGUUUUGGGAGGGUCUAUACACGGUUCCUCAUUGCCGCCCGGACGAGACGCUCGUUAUCUUCGCUCGGUACAUGUGUAAACAAAUUUUACACGCCCGACACUCUAACGAGCCUGAUAACGGUGUGGUGUGGUGGUGGUUCUUGCUACCGCGAAGGCCCGCCGCCGGCUGACGUAUCGAGCGUAGAUCCAGAACAACAAAACAUUGGAAACAAUCCUGGAACGAUGGGGAAAAUUCCAGCCAAUCCGCCACCGAAAUCUGUGCCACCGAACCGGAAGGAUGCCCAAAGUCUGCUGUCCAAAAUACGCAAGGAGUACGUAAGCAUCACGUUCGCCAAAUCGCUGAUCUUCGACCCAGCCCGGCUACCCUUGAUCUCGGUCCUAAUUUUGGCUGCUGAGUUGGUGCUCAAUGUGUUCGUGGUGCAGAAUGUGCGGUACACCGAGAUCGACUGGAAGGCUUACAUGCAGGAGUGUGAGGGGUUUCUCAACGGAACUACGGAUUAUUCGUUGUUACGGGGCGAUACCGGUCCGCUAGUUUAUCCGGCCGGGUUUGUCUACAUCUAUAGCGCCCUGUACUUUCUUACGUCGCACGGCACCAACAUACGUUUGGCACAGUAUGUCUUCAUUGGCAUUUAUCUGCUGCAGUUAGUGUUGGUGUUGCGACUUUACUGCAAAAGCCGUAAAAUUCCGCCAUAUGUGAUGGUUAUUACCAUCUUCACCUCCUACCGGAUUCACUCCAUCUACGUUUUGCGGCUGUUUAACGAUCCGAUCGCGAUCCUGUUUCUGUACGCCGCACUGAAUGCAUUCAUCGAUGGUCGAUGGACGCUCGGAAGCGUAAUGCUCAGUCUGGGAGUGUCGGUGAAAAUGAACAUCCUGCUCUUCGCACCGGCAAUUCUACUGCUCUUCAUAACCAAUCUGGGAUGGUCGAAAACGGUGCUACAAUUGGCGGUUUGUGGUACGAUACAGCUUAUCCUAGGCGCACCGUUCCUUCUAACCCACCCAUGGCAAUACCUGAAAGGAAGCUUCGAUCUUGGCCGUGUGUUUGAGCACAAGUGGACGGUAAACUAUCGGUUCCUGGAGCCGGAGAUUUUCGAAAGUAAAGUUUUUCAUCUCGCCCUACUCGGACUGCAUCUCACGCUACUGGUCGUGUUUGCAUCGCCGUGCUACAAAUAUUUCCAAAACUACUGUCGUCUGCGCCACUUGGAAAUGAUGCUCCUACCUCAGAUAGAGGCACAAAACAAGGCCGAAAAAGAAAAGCAGAAGAAGACGAAGAAAUCUCAAGCCCAAGCACUCCCAGCCGCAAAAGGAAAUAAGGCGGAGGAAAAGCUAACGGAAGAUCAGGAAAAGUUUUUGAAAUCGUUUGAGAAAGGUAUAAAGAAAAUGUCUGGCAAGCAGCAACAGCAGCAGCAGCAGCAACAGAAAGCUGCCGAAGUAGCAGAAAAGUCAGCAGCAGCGAACAAAUUCGCGAUCCACUUCGAUCGGUCCACUCAGCUCGCUCUACUUCCAAUCUUUUUGUCCAACUUUAUCGGUAUCGUUUGUGCGCGUAGCUUGCACUACCAGUUCUACGUAUGGUACUUCCACAGCUUACCAUACCUCACGUGGUACACGGAGUAUACGAACAGUUUGAAAUUUUUGUUACUCUUGCUGCUGGAGUUUUGCUGGAACACGUACCCAAGCACGGUGCUGAGCAGUCUCGUGCUUCACUCCUGCCAUUUGAUAUUGCUCGUCGGCAUCGGAAGGAAGAUGUUCCGUCGUAUACCGGAUCUGGCGCAGCUUAGUAAGACGGACUAGAAUAAAGUUGCGCGUGCAACCGCAUCCUAGGAAGCAUUCUCAAGUUCUCCAUUUCAAGUGUGCCUUAAAUCAACUAACGACCGUCGUAUGUGUGCAUUUUAAUUUGUUGUGUGAUGUGAGUAGUUAGAGCUAAACGUGCUGUAGAUCGAGUGAGAGUAUGGCUUGACAAUCGUUUGGUGUGUAAAUUUAUGUUAUUUAUGUGUUCUUUAAGUAGUUAAAUUCAAACAAUAAAGAAAAGACAAUUUCUUAGAUCAAA